AGUAUUUGGCUCUCCGACACCGCCAUGCGCGCAGGGUAGGCAGAGCAGUUGCAGGCUUUGCAGCAGCGGAGAGUGAGUGGGAGAAGAAACCGUCGCGUCGCGGGCGGCGGAGGAGGCGAUGCCGGCGGAGGGGACGCGGAUGGCGCGGCUGUGGGAGCGCGAGGUCGGACGCCUCCCGCCCAGGCGCUUCGCCGGCGCCGUCAGGGCCUCCGAGGAGUUUGUGCAUUCUCUGGGCCUCCAGAAGAGGCUGCAGAAGCACAAGAGAUGCGUGGACACCUUAAGCUUCAACAGUAGUGGGAGCUUGUUCAUGUCCGCUUCACACGACCAGACUAUCGCACUGUGGAACUUGGAAGAGGCGGUGCCGAGACUGAUGUUCCAGGCCGGCGGCGAUGUGUCCGACACGCAGUUCAUGCCCUUAUCGGAUGAUCGGAGCAUCGUCACAUGCGGCGCUGAUGGGGAGGUGAGGCAUUCGCGUAUACGAGAAGGUGGUUGCGUGUUUACGGAUAAACUUGCUGACCUGAGGUACGCGGUGAACAAGUUGGCUGUUGAUCCGGGAAGUCCUCACACAUUCUUUAGCUGCGUGGAGGAUGGCUCUGUUUUGCUUUUUGACCUGAGGAGGAAAUAUCCCAGGAAGCUCUUUAAAUGUGGUGCGGUUAGAAGAUUUGGUUUCUUAUCUGGUCGCACUGUGAUACUCCCUGCUAUUUCCGUAGACCCAAGAAACCCCUCUUGUUUUGCAGUUUGUGGCUGUGAUGAGUAUGCACGGUUAUAUGAUGCCCGUAAGAUUUCUCUGGAAAUAUCUACAUUUGGUGUCCCAGUAGAGCAAUUCUGCCCUCAACAUUUGGUAUCCAGCGACAGCAAGAGAGAUGGAAUCAGUGGUUUGGCUUUCUCACACGCUGGUGAACUUUUAGCAUCCUAUAGUUAUGAAAACAUCUACCUUUUCUCAAGAGAGCAUGGGUUAUACUUCAACGAUUUUGAGGAGAAUUACAGUGAGAAGUUGCCUGUACCUCAGACCUUCAAGGGUCAUGAGAACAUGCAGCCCAUUAAAGGUGUUAGCUUCUUUGGUCCCAAUUGUGACUAUGUUAUCUCUGGAUCGGACUGUGGCCAUGUGUUUAUUUGGAGAAAGAAGGAUGGACAGCUUCUGCGUGCGAUGCAAGCCCUGGUGAUAGUGAGAAUCCCUCCACUUACAAUUAUGACCCUGAUACAAAUCCUUUCAUCAUCCGGGGCACGGGCAGCGAUUUCGAUGGCUCUUCUUACAUAGAUGACGUUGACAUGCAUUCCUCGGGUGAUGACGACGUUGAUGAUGAUGAAGAGGACAAGGAAGAAGAGGUGGGUGUAGACGAAGAUCAGAAAGAUGAUGAGGACGAUAUGGAGCAUAUGAAUGAUGAUCGGUGAGGGUGCCAUUGGUCAUUAGUGUAGCAGGGAUGGAGGUUGUGUGAAGCUAUUUUGUCAAGAGUUGUUAGAGCUGGACAUAAGGACUUCAGACUUGGAAAAGCGUAUCUGCUAAGUUAGGAUGUGGAUAUGUUACUCCUGAGUGUCCUUAUCAGUAUUUAGCACUUAUAUAUAUGUCCUGAAUCGUCCGGACAUUGGUUAUCAGGUGACCAACAUCUUAUCCGUUAUUGUAUAUAUUCUCUAGCAGUUCUUGUAGCAAGUAUGGAGAUUGUGUCAAGCUACUAACAUUACUGUACUGGAAAUGUUAGUAUGGAGAUUGUGUAAAGUUUCUUAUGAUUUUCUUUA